AUGCCACCAAAAGCGAGCGGAAAGGCCGGCAAGGCUCAGAAUAUUAUCAUCAAGGGCGACGAGAAGAAGAAGCGCAAGAAUAAGGAGAGCUACCAAGGUCAUGUCCAACAUGAACUGCUUCGUGAACGACAUCUUCGAGCUUAUCGUCGCCGAAGCUACAACAAGCGGUCGACCAUCACAUUGCGGGAUAUCCAGACCGCUGUCAGGCUCCUGUUGCCCGGUGAGUUGGCCAAGCACGCCGUGCGUGAAGGCACCAAGACCGUGACCAAGUACUCCAGCUCCAAGUAA